UUUAGUUAGUUAGAAGCAGUGGCAACGAAGCGAAGAAAAUGGCGGGGACUCUUCUGCUCUCUCCUCAGCCUCUCACCCUUCCAAAAUUCUCAGUCUCCGCCAAGAAACCAUUGAUCAACGGCCAAAGAGCCACCAAAUUGGUCACCAGAGCUAGUGCUACAGAGAAGAACGAUGACAAAAGCAAAGACGACAAAGGCUUCAUUCCCUUCGGGUUCGUCACCGAUAACCCUUCCAGCCGCAGCGCCAUUCAACUCCCCGAAACUCCUGCUGAGGACGGCAAUGUCGGCCAAAUGCUUUAUAGGAUUGAAGACAAGGGAAAGGAGUAUGGGUCGUACAUCAAAUCUGGAAAGUUUAGAUGGUUUGUGAGAGAAACUGGGUCCCCUCAAAGCCGACGUGGAACAGUUGUCUUCCUUCAUGGAGCUCCAACACAGUCCUAUAGCUAUCGGGUUGUAAUGUCACAGAUGUCAGAUGCUGGUUUCCACUGCUUUGCACCUGAUUGGAUAGGAUUUGGUUUCAGUGACAAACCACAGCCUGGAUAUGGCUUUGAUUACACAGAGAAGGAGUUUCAUGAGGAACUUGAUAAGUUACUGGAUGUCGUGGGAGUCGAGUCUCCGUUCUUUCUAGUGGUUCAGGGGUUUCUUGUAAGUUCAUAUGGAUUGACAUGGGCAUUGAAAAAUCCCAGCAAGAUUUCCAAACUAGCAAUUCUGAAUACUCCAUUAACAGUCUCAUCUCCUAUUCCUGGACUAUUCCAAAAACUAAGAAUCCCUCUUUUUGGAGAAUUUACUUCUCAGAAUGCUGUCAUGGCAGAGCGCUUUAUUGAAGCAGGUAGCCCUUAUGUGCUGAAGAUGGAAAAGGCUGAUGUGUAUCGUCUUCCAUAUUUGUCAAGCAGUGGACCUGGUUUUGCACUACUCGAAGCUGCAAGAAAGAUUAAUUUUAGAGACAUCUCAAGUCAAAUAGCUGAUGGGUUUGCAUCUGGAAGAUGGGAUAAACCAAUUCUGAUUGCUUGGGGAAUAGCAGACAAAUAUCUGCCUCAAUCUAUAGCAGAAGAGUUUCAGAAAGGGAACCCCAAUUCAGUUGAGCUUAAGCUAAUAGAAGGAGCUGGUCAUAUGCCACAGGAGGACUGGCCUGAGAAAGUUGUUGAUGCUCUGAGAAGAUUCCUCUAAUUCCUGACUGAAUCAAUCGAAUAUCAGUAGUGGCCACAUGCAUGCAAGUGUUUAUAUGCAAUUCCAGAAUUACUUUGUUUGAUGGUAAGAUGCAAUGCCUAAGCCUAAUUGUCUUGCAAACCUUUUUUUGAAAAGUUCAGCUUGAUGCAACCUUUCAUUUGUAAAAUUCCACACGGUAGAGAUUUUAUUUUACUUUCUCAAGUCUAUUGUUGCCAACAAUGUAAAGUUGGGAGCAGUUUUUUUUUUUUCUUUA